GGCACAUAUAAGGCCCGUGCAAGUUGGAAUUCAAAAUUGUUAAAUUAAAUUAGGGUUAAAUUAAGGUUAUGUUAGGGUUUAGGGAAGGGACUGUCCACCAAGGAUCCCGGGUAGCACCGGGUCGUUAUGAUUCCGGUAAACGGCACGAACGGAAGCCAUGUUUGUUGUUCUUCUUUCUCCCUCUUUGGAGUUCGGGACGUUCAGGAUCUCCGUCUGUAUGUCUUUAACAGUGUCACAUCUUCUCUACCACCCUCCGAAUGCAGUGUCCGUGUUCCUCAGAUUAACAGGUAUGCCAAAGGAAAAAUAUGAUUCCCCGGAUCCUCGUCGACUAUACACCAUCAUGUCAGCCGAGGAGGUAGCCAACGGGAAGAAGUCACACUGGGCCGAGCUGGAGAUAUCAGGUCGGGUCAGGACUCUGAGCAGCUCUCUGUGGACCCUCACCCACCUGACGGCUCUACAUAUCAACGACAACAAUCUGAGUCGCAUCCCGCCCGACAUCGGCAAGCUGCCACACCUCAUCUACUUGAACCUGUCCUCCAAUAAGCUCCGGAGCCUGCCCGCCGAACUCGGAAACAUGGUGUGUCUCAGGGAAUUGCUUUUAAACAACAAUCUUUUACGAGUUUUACCUUACGAACUCGGGCGGCUUUUCCAGUUACAAACCCUGGGGUUAAAAGGUAACCCUUUGUCCCAAGACAUCCUCAACCUGUACCAGGAAUCAGAUGGAACCAGAAAACUCUUGAACUACAUGCUCGACAAUCUAGCAGUGCACCCAGAACAACUCCCCCAGAGACCUUGGAUCACCUUGAAGGAGCGAGACCCAAUGAUCCCCACAGCCAUGUUCACAGUGAUGUGUUACAACGUGCUGUGUGAUAAGUAUGCAACGCGUCAGCUGUACGGCUACUGUCCCUCCUGGGCCCUCAACUGGGAGUACAGGAAGAAGGGCAUCAUGGAGGAGAUUACACACUGUGACGCUGACAUCAUCAGUCUACAGGAGGUGGAGACGGAGCAGUACCACGCUCUCUUUCUGGAGACACUGAAGGAACGUGGGUAUGACGGGUACUUCUGCCCAAAGUCUCGUGCCAAACUGGUCUCGGAACAGGAGAGGAAACACGUGGACGGGUGUGCCGUGUUCUUCAAAACAGAGAAAUUUACUCUGGUGCAGAAACACACUGUGGAGUUCAACCAGGUUGCCAUGGCGAACUCUGAGGGUUCAGAGGUCAUGUUGAACAGGGUCAUGACCAAGGACAACAUCGGGGUCGCUGUCCUGCUGGAGGUCAACAAGGACAUGUUCUCUGGUGGCUUGAAGCCGCUGCAGGAGAAACAGCUGAUCCUGGUGGCCAACGCCCACAUGCACUGGGACCCGGAGUUCUGUGACGUCAAGCUGAUCCAGACCAUGAUGUUCCUGUCUGAGUUAAAGAGCAUCACUGAAAGGCACCUGAGCUCCGUGGGAACAGGCUCCCCGACCUCCAACCCAGCCCCUAUCCCCAUCGUGCUCUGUGCUGACCUCAACUCCCUGCCCGACUCUGGAGUAGUGGAGUACCUGAGUAACGGUGGUGUAGCGGAGAAUCACAAGGACUUCAGAGAGCUGCGCUACAACGAAGCUCUCACCAACUUCAGCUGCCAAGGCAACGGCAGCAUCACUCACAGCUUCCAGUUGAAGAGCGCCUACCAGGACAGCCUCAUGUCUUAUACCAACUACACCUACGACUUUAAGGGCAUAAUCGACUACAUCUUCUUCUCCAAGACUCACAUGUCUGUAGCCGGCUUGCUGGGUCCCCUGGAAUCUCAGUGGUUAACGGACAACAACAUCACCGGCUGUCCCCACCCCCACAUCCCCUCGGAUCACUUCUCUCUGCUCGCCCAGCUGGAGCUCCACUCGCCCCUCACCACCACCUCCUCCUCCUCCUCCUCCCUCAACGGCCUGCACCUGCCUGUCCACAGGUAGUGGUUGUCCCGACCACUCACCCCUGACCCCUUUGAACCUUGACCUUUGAACCCCUAAUGCCCAGCCUCCUCUGCCGAAAAGGACCUUGUACAUUUUCUUAUCGUGUCCCGAAUCACAAACCAUCCAAGGAACUCCGACGCAGACAACCCAUUCCCCAAAGGAGUGAAGUAUUCUCCCCGUACUGAUCCUUUUUUUAACCUCCAUUUUGCACACAGACUGUAUUUCUGUUUGUUUUGCUUGUUGGUUUUUUUUCGUCCAUUUGAACGGCUUGAUACCAAAUCAUGUUUUGUGUUGUUUUCUGGUCAUAUGCUACUGCUGCUGCCCGCCUCCUUGGAAACUCCCAAGUGUGUGUCAGAAAUAGCACCCUAUUCCCUAUAUAGUGCACUACUUUUGACCAGGACCCAAUGCGAUAUAGGAAAUAGGUUUCCAUUUGGGAGGAAGCCCCAAAUUCAGGUUAUCCUGGUCUGAUGUCAGACCACCUGAUGUGUUUUUGCCUGGGCCCGGUCUGGGUGGGCCCGGUCUGGGUGGGCCCGGUCUGGGUGGCCUGGCUGAGAGUAAGAAAAGCUUUUUGCCAUAAUCUAAUAAAAGUACGAGUACAGCUGCCAUCUGGGUUUCUCUCUGGUUGAGAAAUCCACUCCUCUAGACAAGUUAUGACACCCAGAGUUCUACUGAAUUGCAUUUGCUGAUCAUGUUAAAGUUACCGUCGUUUCAUCAUACCCCCAAACAGGACUUUUUCUUCCUUCUCCAAAAUGACGGUGGUGUUGGACUUUUCACUACUGCUCUAUUUGGAGUUAAGUUUAGUAAGAAGAGUAUUUUUUUUUUUUUUUAUCGAAAUGUGAAAUGUUGUCAUCUCCAGCAUGUGUCGAUGGAAGCCUAUAAGGGUCAAUCAGUGAACAGGAUCCCAGCAUUACUAUUGUAUCUCAAACACAGCUUCAGUAUUAACAUAAUUUGCUCUCAGCUUCUCAUUCUGCUAUGUAAGUUGACACUAUGCAUUGAUUUUCCCUCGCCUGUUUGAGUGGUGUGUGUGUGCGCUCCUGACCCAAAGAAAAUUAUCAGAUUUUUUUUUCUUUUUUUUUCCGGUUGCACCUUUUCAAAAGACCACAAAAUUACAGCAACAAAAUGUCCCAGAAAUUAUCCUUGAAAUUAUUUUAAAAAAACUUCACCAGAAAUGUCACUUACAAGAGUAGGUUUUAAACAGAAAGUCAUCAUCAUAUUUAGUCUUUAGCUUUUAAACUGCAGUGUUUUUUUUUAAUACCUUUUAAAAUCUUAAUUAGCCCAACUUCCCUGAGGCAAAUAGCCCCAAGAGUCCUCCAUCAAUCAAUUUAAAGAUUGAUUGGUUGAUUGAUUGAUAGAAGAAUCUUCCCGAAACCAAUCAGAUUUGCUUGCCAUGUGUUGCCAUAUCUAUUUAUUAACAUGAGAAAGGGUUUGGUUUGUUUCCAAGCCAGAUGCCAUUAUAAUAACAUCAGUGAUCUUAUACCCCAUUGCAGAGCUGAAUAUAUUUCUAAAGGCUUGAGACAACUGCAGGGGGUUUUUAAGGUCUAUGCUAUAGCUAGAUAGCACUAGCUUCUAAACCAUUGUAAAUGUGUUUUGUGUAAGUUAUGUCAGAAAAAUACUUUACGGUUCCAUCCAAAA